CCGGUUCCGGCUCCGGCUCCGGCUCCGGCUCUGGCUGCUCCAGAUGGCGCGAGGCUCCUCCGAAGGGCGCCCAGCCCGCGCUACCGCCCUGGUCAGGCCAGUUCAGGCAGACGGCCACAAGGUGGCGCCCUGGGCCCAAAGCGUCUCUUCAGGAACCCGCCCCGCCACCGAACGCCGCACAGGCACGGGCCCUUCCGGCUGGGGCUGAAGCAGGAGCAGUUGCCACCGCCCAACCCCAGCGUAGCGUUUGGGGGGAAGGGAGGCCCGGACCGGACCUACCCGAUCGGGUUCUUGGGUCUGGAGAGCCCACCUGUUGCCCUCAUGCUACCUGGCCUCCAGGGCCUCAGACGUAGCCCGCCCACCCACCUGAGCACAGCAGAGAGGAGAACGAUCCAGCCGGCGCCAUUUUGGGGUGUUGUCCGCCCGUCUGAUCCAGGAAUGAAAGAAAGGGCCGUCUGCCCCUCCGCCCGCCACCCUCUGUCCACCGCCUGCCGGAGCCUCGCCUUGCCCCGAGCUCAGUCGGCGGCGGGGGGCAAGGUCGGGCUCAUCUUUCCUGGCUGGGAAAAAGCCCCCGGAGCCCACCAGCCCCUGUCCAGCCCCGAGCAUUGUUCUUCCCUUCUCCUCCUCGGCACCCGCCACUGGCCCCUACCUGACCCUUCUGCGAGGUUUUCGUGCCCAGUGCUUGGCCACUGGGAAGGCCCACCUGUGCCGGACCCUUCCGGACCCUUCCGGACCCUUCGGCAGCGGCGCGACUGUGGCGGCGGCAGCAGACCCCUCUGUCACUCAGAUGAACAGGAUCCCAGGACCCAAAGGCAGCCAAAAUGCUCCCAAGCCAUGCGGAGGGGAAAGACUGCCCCGAGCCAAGCCAGCCCUACUGUGUGCCAAGAAAGGCUUCCUGGGGCCGACUUCCCGGAGAAGGCUGCCAGGGCAGGCAUGGCUGCCGUUUGGCAGCAGGUGCUGGCUGUGGAUGCAAGGUACAACGCAUACCGCACACCCACCUUCCCACAGUUCCGAACCCAGUAUAUCCGCCGCCGGAGCCAGCUGCUGAGAGAAAAUGCCAAAGCAGGCCACGAACCUGCUGUGCGGAGGCAGUACCUGAAGCUGAGGGCCCAGCUGCUGGGCCAGCGUUAUGGACCUCUCUCUGAGCCAGGGAGCUUCCGGGCCUACAGCAACAGUGUCGUCCGAAGUAGUCGAACCACAUUGGACCGCAUGGAGGACUUUGAUGAGGAUCCCCGGUCCCUGGGUGCCCGAGGGCACCGCCGCUCAGUCAGCCGUGGAUCCUAUCAGUUGCAGGCCCAGAUGAAUCGGGUCAUCUAUGAUGAGAGGACACCAGGCAGUGUCGUACCCACGUCAGUGGCAGAGGCCAGCCGGGCCAUGGCUGGGGACACUUCACUGAGUGAAAACUAUGCUUUUGCUGGGAUGUACCACGUCUUUGACCAGCAUGUGGAUGAGGCUGUUCCCAAAGUCCAGUUUGCCAAUGAUGACCGCCACCUGCUAGCCUGCUGUUCCCUGGAUGGCAGCAUUUCUGUGUGCCAGCUGGUACCUGCCCCUCCUGUGGUCCUGCGUGUGCUCCGUGGGCACUCGCGUGGUGUGUCUGACUUUGCCUGGUCUCUAUCCAAUGAUGUCCUCGUCUCUACCUCACUGGAUGCCACCAUGCGCAUUUGGGCCACUGAAGAUGGCCGCUGCAUCCGAGAGAUCCCUGACCCAGAUGGGGCUGAACUGCUCUGCUGUACCUUCCAGCCGGUCAACAAUAAUCUCACUGUGGUGGGCAAUGGGAAGCACAAUGUACAUGUGAUGAAUAUCUCCACGGGCAAGAAAGUGAAGGGAGGCUCCAGCAAGCUGACUGGACGAGUGCUGGCUCUGUCCUUUGAUUCACCUGGACACAUCUUAUGGGCUGGGGAUGAUCGAGGAAGUGUCUUCUCCUUCCUUUUUGACAUGGCUACAGGGAAGCUCACCAAAGCCAAGCGGCUGGUGGUUCACGAAGGCAGUUCGAUCACUAGUAUCAGCGCCCGUUCCUGGAUCAGCCGAGAAGCCCGGGACCCCUCUCUCCUCAUCAAUGCCUGCAUCAAUAAGCUACUUCUGUACCGGGUGGUGGAUAACGAGGGCACUUUGCAGCUAAAGAGGAGCUUCCCGAUUGAGCAAAGUGUGCACCCCAUCCGAAGCAUCUUCUGUCCCCUCAUGUCCUUCCGUCAGGGGGCCUGUGUUGUCACAGGCAGUGAGGACAUGUGCGUCUAUUUCUUUGAUGUGGAAAGGGCCACUAAGGCCAUUGUCAACAAGCUGCAAGGCCACAGCGCAGCUGUGUUGGACGUCAGCUUCAACUGCGACGAGAGCCUGCUGGCCUCCAGUGACGCUGGUGGAAUGGUCAUUGUGUGGCGUCGGGAGCAGAAGUAGCCCCAGUGGCCUGAGGACUGGCACAGACAUUGGUGAUGGUGGCGACAGCAGGGAGGAGUGGGGAGAACCAAGACAGGUGGAAAACUUUGUAAAGAAUAAAAAUCCAUGUCUGGUG